AUGGAGCGCUGGCCUUGGCCGUCGGGCGGCGCCUGGCUGCUGGUGGCGGCCCGCGCGCUCCUGCAGCUGCUCCGCGCAGACCUGCGGCUGGGCCGUCCACUGCUGGCGACGCUGGCGCUGCUGGCCGUGCUCGACUGGCUAUGCCAGCGCCUGCUACCUCCACUGGCCGCACUCGCCGUGCUGGCCGCCGCCGGCUGGAUCGCGUUAUCCCGCCUGGCGCGCCCGGCGCGCCUGCCCGUGGCCACUCGCGCGGUGCUGAUCACCGGCUGUGACACUGGCUUUGGCAAAGAGACGGCCAAGCAGUUGGAUGCCAUGGGCUUCACAGUGCUGGCCACUGUGCUGGACCUGGAUAGCCCCGGUGCCCGAGAGCUACGCGCCUGCUGUUCCCCUCAUCUAAAGCUGCUGCAGAUGGACCUGACCAAGUCAGAGGACAUUAACCACGUUCUGGAGUUCACCAAAGCUCACACGUCCAGCACAGGCCUGUGGGGCUUGGUCAACAAUGCCGGACACAACGAAGUAGUGGCGGAUGUGGAGUUAUCGCCGGUGACCACAUUCCGACACUGCAUGGAGAUCAACUUCUUUGGUACGCUUGAGCUGACCAAGGGGCUCCUUCCGCUGCUACGCCGCUCCAGGGGCCGAAUCGUGACUAUAGGGAGCCCUGCUGGAGACAUGCCAUACCCAUGUCUGGCGGCCUACGGGGCGUCCAAGGCAGCCAUGGUGCUCCUCAUGGACACAUUCAGCUGUGAACUUCUGCCCUGGGGGGUCAAGGUCAGCGUCAUCCAGCCUGGCUGCUUCAGGACAGAGUCUGUGCUGGACGUGAAUCGGUGGGAGCUUCGGAAAAAGCUGCUGCUGGCCGACCUGCCGCCUGAGCUGCUACAGGCCUACGGCGAGGACUACGUGGAGCACCUGCACCAGCAGUUCCUGCACUCGCUCCGCCUGGCGGUCCCGGACCUCAGCCCGGUCGUGGAUUCCAUCACCGAUGCACUGCUAGCUGCCCAGCCUCGACGACGCUACUACCCAGGCCAGGGCCUGGGCCUCAUGUACUUUAUCCAUUUCUACCUGCCUGAGGCUUUCCGGCGCCGCUUCCUCCAAAUGUUCUUUAUCAGUCACUGUCUGCCCCGAGCACUGCAGCCAGGCCAACCCGGCCCGCCCCCCUCACAGGACUCACCCCCAAACCCAGGCCAUUCCCCAGCUGCCUCCAGGUGA